GGUAUAUAGUCCGCGGACACGGAGACUAAUGUCGUCGCUCUGUUCGCAUGUUGAAACCGUGCUGAGGCUUUCUCUCAAAGCGCUGGAUGUCCGACCGGGAGCUAUUAUCGGUGACUGGCUCGCUCGGCCCAUCCAUGACGUUCUGGCUGAACAAGCGAACGAGCCCUUUUGCACGUUUGCAGGGGGGAUCUCGUAUAUACCGACCCCGACGUUUACGUGCCAACUUUUUUGCUAGGCUCGGUUCGGUUCAGUCUGUAAGCCGUUUCAUGAUUGAAGCUUUGCAACGUGUAUAUGUGUGUGAAUCCAGUUGGUUUGUAUCUGGCGUUGAAGGAUUGGUCUGUGUUGGGGUGAUGCGUUGCUUGGGGGGCAUGCACGACAAGCAAUUAGAUCUAGAAGAAUACCGAUUUUCCAAUGCUGAACGCACCUCCGGCGGGCCUACGCAUGAUCCGCGACGGAAAGGUCGGGAUCAUGAUGCUUGGCUCUGUUAGGCGUGCUUGAGAGGCGAAAGGUGAUGAUGGGAUCCAUGAGCAAUAGCGGGUCCAAACCUCGUGUUUCUUGUCAAGCUCCCUAGUUAGUGCCCAUGUAUCAGCAGCGCUUUAACUAAAGCUAGUUUGGUGUUACUUCGUACAGUAACCGUAUCGCCUUCUGCCUUAAGGACUGAUCUUCCGUUUCUCCUCUUUCGAAGCCUUC